CAGCAAAUGGGAAUGCGAUUUUUGAAAUGUCAAAAAAUGAUGUUUUGCUAGCAUAUUGCAGAGGAAAUAAUAGUGUUUCAAUAUAUUUAGUGGAAAAUACCUUGGAAAUAGCAACAAAACUAUUUAAGGAUCUUUAUAGAAUAAAUUCGAUAGAUUUUGUUCAUGAUGAUGAAAAAUUAUUUUUAAUUGGUGAAGAAGAAAGAGACAAAGGUGAUGGUUCUACAGAAUUGGUCGCCGUUAUUAAAAUUUGGGAUCUUUUUAGUUCAUCAGAAGAUGCAGUUAAGACUAUUAAAGAUACACAAGAUAUUAUUUCUGGGUGUAAAUAUAAUGCUUCGAUGAAAAUUAGAGAUCAUUAUCAUAGAUAUUCCAGUGCCAGUGGAACUAUUGUUGGAGUGAAUGAAUACACUGGAGAAGUUUUUUCUAUUGUUGAUCAUCCAAAUCUAGCAAAUUUUUUGAAACCUCCAAUUUUGUUGUCGAAAUUAGUUAAAUUGGGUAUUACUCUAGAUGCUCCAUCACCAUCUAUACAAAUUUAUCAUUAUAUUUACACAUUAGAUGGCAAAUUCCUUGAUGCCAAACAAGAAAAGAAAGUUAUUGUAAUUAGUAAUGGGGAACCUUGGCAUCGCUACAAACAACAUCCUCGUAUUUCAGCAUAUCUUAAUGAUGACAAGACAUUACAAGUAAUUAUGGGAUUAACCACAAUUCAAGUAUGGCGAAAAAAUGAAAAAUCUAAAUUUAAACGAAGACUUGUAUAUAUUUGGGCUAAUCUUCGAGAUGAUAGAUUUGAAAUUCAAAGAUUACUAAUUGGUAAUGGAGAAUUUUUUGUCGAAUUAUUACUUCCUGAUACUAAAGAUAAAGAACGAGUCGAAAUUCAUUGGCCACAAAAUUGUUCUGCAUUGAGAAGCGCUUGUAGCGCUAUUGAGUAUCUUAAUAAACAACGAAAUGAACCAGUCACAUUCAAGAAAAAACAGUUGUUUCAUGAUUUAGUACGUCAAACCAAAAAUAUAUUAAAAAGAUUCAUAAAGACGCAUCCAAAUGUAUGGAGGAUGACAGAUGCUAGAUAUGAAAUUAUGCAAUCAUUGAUUCGCGGACAAUGUGUUUCUUUAAUCAAAACAAUUUUAUUUAAGAAAGAUGAUAAACAUCCACGAGGAAUCAGUUCAAAG